AUGGGCAGACUACAAAAAGAAACCUGGCAAGGCAGGACUGUUUACAACCAGAGUCAAAAGGAUAUCCUCCAAGGGGGGCCUGGGUGGCUCACAUCGUUUGAACAAAACCCUUACGCUGAUAAAGCUACCAGGAAACAAUGGGGCAAGGAAAUUGGCAUUCCAGAGUAUGAAACCCAGGAACAAAAUCAGCUGCCUCGGUCUCAAGAAUACUUACCAAAAGCAGCCAGAGAAGACUGGACAUCCAUCACAGGACCUCAAUCACAUAUCCUACUUCAAGCUUUUGAGAGGAACCAAUUCCCUGAUAUUACAACCAGGAAAAAACUGGCUAAAAUAACAGACAUUCAGGAAUCAAGAAUUCAAGAACCAAACAUUUCUACCUGCUCCUCUCCCAUCCCAGGAGUCCUCUGUCUCUUGUGUGAACCAAGGACCAAGCGUCAUGAUGGUACAGCCCAUAAAGACUAUGCAGAGAGAAUUCUCUACUCUCCUUGGAAUUACCGGCCAAUACCAUCAACUCUGCGAGUGUCAGAUACUCAGGCUCCUUUCUGGCCGCCAAAGCAAGAAAAGUGCCAGAAUCACAAAGAAUUGAAGCACACAGGAGUACUACAGUUGAAGGACUACUCUCAGCCUCAUCCUGAGCACCAAAACCACCAACUGCAGGAUCUGGGGCAGGUAGACAUUAUUCUGCAAUGGUGGGAUGAAAUCUGCCAGACUCUGAUUGCAAAGUGGGAUCCUCGAGGAGGGACACACUGA